CUCUCUCUCUCCCUCUCUCUCUUUUUAUCUUCUGCCCUGUGUCCCACCUCCUGGCUUUACUAUCAGCGCUCUGGGCUUCCAUUUACACACUGGGUUGGGGGGGAGGGAAAAAAACAACAAAAUAAUAGAAAGGAGACAAGAGGCAAAACAAUAAGGAAACAAUAGGAAAAGAAGAUCCAGCCUCCUCCAACUUGCAGCCUGGCAUCCCCUUGGAGAAGAAAAAGGCUAGGAAUAGACUAGAGAGAAAGCCACCUCCUCCUUUGAAGAGUAGCAGCAACUAAUCAGUAGAUAGAGACGGGAACCAAAAAGAAAAAAGAUGUCUGCUCGAGGGGGGAAAAAGAAAACCACCAAGCUGUCCCGCUCAGCCCGAGCCGGAGUCAUUUUCCCAGUGGGUAGAAUGAUGCGCUACUUGAGAAGAGGAACUCACAAAUACAGAAUAGGCAUGGGGGCACCUGUAUACAUGGCUGCCGUUAUAGAGUACUUAGCAGCUGAAAUCUUAGAGCUUGCAGGAAAUGCAGCCAGAGACAAUAAAAAGGGGAGGAUAACCCCAAGACAUAUCCUUCUAGCAGUUGCCAAUGAUGAAGAACUCAACCAGCUGCUCAGGGGGGUAACGAUCGCCAGUGGAGGCGUACUGCCAAGAAUUCAUCCUGAGCUGCUUGCUAAAAAGCGAGGCUCCCGUGGUAAGGAGACCAUUCUUUCUCAGCCAGUGGAGAAGAAGAAGAAGAAGAGUGGUAAAUCACUGGAGAAGAGCCUGGCAAAGAAACCAAAAUCUGGCAAGAAUAAACUGCUUAAAAAGGAUAAACUGGCAGAUGGAAAAGAAGGGGCAUCCAGUUCAACCUCCGAUGAUGGACCUGGAGAUGCAUUUACUAUUCUUUCAUCUAAGAGUCUAAUGGUUGGACAGAAGCUCUCCUUAACUCAGAGUGACCUGGCGCACAUAGGUUCAAUGAAGGUGGAAGGCAUCAUUCAUCCAACCUCUGCUGAAAUUGACCUUAAAGAGGAUAUAGGGAAUGCCUUGGAAAAAGCUGGAGGAAAAGAGUUUCUAGAGGCUGUAAAAGAGCUCCGCAAAUCCCAUGGGCCCCUAGAACUGACUGGAGCUGCCCUUAGCCAAGCCAACGGGUUAGCCGCCAAGUUUGUCAUCCACUGCCACAUCCCACAGUGGGGUUCAGACAAGUGUGAAGAACAGCUGGAAAAGACUAUUAAGAACUGUUUAUCUGUGGCAGAGGAUAAGAAGCUUAAAUCUGUGGCAUUUCCUUCUUUCCCUAGUGGCCGAAAUGGCUUCCCGAAACAGACUGCGGCUCAAGUUAUCUUGCGUGCUAUCUCCAGCCACUUUUCAGCUUCCAGCUCUUCCACUGUGAAGAACAUUUACUUCCUGUUAUUCGACAGCGAAAGCAUUGGCAUCUAUGUGCAAGAAAUGGCUAAGCUAGACACAAAAUAGAAGGUGAAAUUUCUACAGCAGCUUUGCAGACCCAGGGUGGUUAUGAACCAGUAACAAAAAGGAUUUGAAGACAUAGAUCUGGUGUUUUCUUGUAAUGAGUAUGGAGGUGUGAACCUUGCUUGAAGUUUUGUGGUUUGAGGACAACUUUUGAUUUUCAUUUCCAGUGGGUGGAGGAGGGCAGAGGAGGUAUGUGGGUUUGAUGAUCCUCAUUGUGAAUUCCUCCUCUUUCUUUAAUAAGCCAGCACCCCUUUACAUUUUUAUAGAACCCAAACAAAGGAAAUAUAUCCCUUGUCGUCACCAACCGUUUUUCUUCAAGGAUGUUGUUCCCGUAGUUUUCUCUUUUCUUUUCUUGUUAUUUUAGCCUUAGUGUUAAAAAAAGUUGAAAAAUCUUGUUUUAGAUUUGUAGUAUUGGAUUUUUUCAAGAAAAAAAAGACCAUGACAUUAUUUAAAAAAAGUUAAGUCAAGUUCUUACAUUUUGUGUCUUUUUGUCUAAUUCACUGGGUAAAUGUUGUAGUUAUUUCCUUAAUUUGUCCUAAAGUACAAGUACAUCAAUAGAGACGCAAAAAACGUUGAAAUGUUCUGUUCCCAAACAUGCCAGUCACGUUUCUUUUUUCCGCUCGGUACAUAAUAAAAUUUGUUUCUGAUUGGUCUACAGUU